UACAAGUCUUAUUCAAGAAAACAAUUCAGCGAAAGCCGUAGCAGCCUAUUUGCACAACCCAGCUCGACAAUGGAACUGACAGUGAAACUGUUGAACGGAGAUGUGAAGCGGCUGGUGGUGAGCGGUGAUGCCACAGUUGGUGAACUCAAGCAGCUCAUUUCUCAACACUUCAGUGAACCUCGUCACAAACAGAAGCUUUCUAUCGACAACGGUCACCGUAUCAACCUUGAUGAUGAUUCCAGAAGCCUCAGCAGUUACGGGUUGCACUCAGGCUCAGUGGUGAUGCUGCUCAUCACCAACCCUGGACCUUUCCAAGUGUUUGUCAGGAACGAGAAGGGCCAGACCAAAACCUAUGAUGUUGAUGCCAAUGAGACCGUAGAUCAGCUCCAGACUAAGAUCGUCCGCAAAGAGAGUGUCCCCAAGGAUCAGCAGAGACUGAUUUACAACGGCAGACAACUGGAGGCUGGCAUGAAGUUGCAAGACUACGACAUCACAUCUGAAAGCACUAUUCACAUGACUCUCCGUCUCCGAGGAGGUUAAUCGGUUAGAAUGUGUGCAAAAACUCACAAACAGUCCCGUUGUCGUUAUGUAUUAAAUUAUUUAAAUGCUGUAAAUAUGACAUCACCUAUACUUGACGAUGUAACUUUGAUUGUGUGAUAUAAACGUCACUAUGUCUUAAGAACUCAUGUAAUUCCAGAGUGUUUAUCUGCAUUUUAUAACUGUAUAUUUUGUAGUUAUUAAUUAUAUUUCAUUGUAUUCUGCAUCGUAAGUAAAAUAAUAAAUGCUCUAAAUCAU